AUGGUUGUAUCAGUUGAUAAAUAUUCCGUGCAAUGUUCUUUGGUUGGGGAUGGAAUGGUGGGGAAAUCUUCCCUUGCUAAAGCCAUCACUGGACAAAGUCUGGACGAGGGAUACACUGCCACCACAGAGGAAAGUUAUUCUGCUUCUAUAUCAGUGAAAGGAGAUACAUAUUCUUUAAAUAUCUUGGAUUCAUCAGGACAGCAUGAUUACGAUAGCGUAAGGACACAGGGUUAUAGAGACAACGACAUAUUUGUCGUCUGCUUCAGUGCUGUGGAUCGGGAAUCCUUGGAGAGUGUUCAGGAUUUCUGGAUCCCCGAAAUCCGCCAGAUCGAUAGAAAACGCCCCAUCAUUUUGGUGGCAACUCAGACCGAUCUAAGAGGGGAAGAUACUUAUCCCGUUACAAAAGCAGAGGGAAAAAACCUUGCAAAACAAAUAUGUGCUUUCAGUUACCUUGAGUGUUCAGCAGCACGACAGACUGGUAUUACAGAGGUUUUCGAACAAGUCGUGAUGGCGACUCUGAAGUACAGGAAGCGCCGAAGUCUCAUCAAGCGAGUGUUUGGUCGUUGAACACUGAUCGUCAUGAAUGUGUUGAUCACCUUGAAUGAUCAUGUUCAACAUUCAA